CUGUCCGAGCCCUGUCGCCAUGUGGGCCGGGCUGGGCGGAGCAGCACUCUGGCCCCGCUGGGCCUGAUACGGUCACAGGUCGCCCCAGGGCCCUUGGCCACUCCCUCUCUCUGACCUCACGACCCCUCCCGCAGCUGGUGGAGCCCAGACACAGUUCCCGGCGGCCCUCGCGGGGGACAGGCGGAGUCAAGAGUCCACCUCUGAUCUCUCUCUGCUGGUUUCUCCACACUGUGCUCCUGUGAGAGAGACGGGGAGGGGGCUUGGACUCUGUGGGCUCAGAGACUGGACACCCCUAAGUGAGGGCACUGUCUGGGUACAGCCCUAGCGGGACCUGCUCUGUCUGGACACCCUGGCCUCGCCUGAGGAAGCCCUUGAGCUGAGCCAACUUUCCUCCGUGCUGAGUUCCCUGGGGCCAGCUGCCCUGGCCUGCCCGGAGGUGAUGGAAUGUAGCGGAGUCUCUCAGGAGGGCUGUCGACCUUGACGCGCCCAGGUUGGCGUGGAGUGACUCCUGUGCGGGGGAUGCAGGGUGGGGCGCAGCCGAGGAGGCCAUCCUGUCUGCUGUUCUGUCAGGCGCUGCGGGAGGCUCCUGAGGCUGUGUCCAGGCUCUGAACUGCCCUACGUCGGCAGACUGGCUGGGGGUGGGCCGCAGAUAUGUCCCGGUCGCUGGCUUUUGUCCUCAAUGUCCCUGAGACCCCACAGGACCCAGAGGACAGCCAGGAGCCCAGCCCCUACGAUGAGAGCGAAGUGCACGACUCUUUCCAUCAGCUCAUCCAGGAGCAGAGCCGCUGGGUGGCCGAGGAGGGGCUGGAGCUGCAGCAGAGGGUGCCGGGGGCUGGAGCCCUGGGGGCCUCAGGCAGUGACCGCCAGGCCUUGCUGGGGCCCGAGGGCGCCCCUGUCUACAGCACGGCCACCCUCCACAUCUUGGCCAGCAUGCCCAGUCGCACCAUUGGCCGGAGCCGCGGCGCCAUCCUCUCCCAGUACUACAGCCGCACGGUGAGGCUGCGCCGCAGGGCCGGCCGGCCUCAGCUCAGGGAUGUGGGCCGCUCGGCCCGGCCCAGCCUCCGCCUGUACGACCUGGAGCUGGACCCCGCGGUCCUGGAGGAGGAUGAGAAGCGGGGCCUCCUGGUGAAGGAGCUUCAGGGCCUGACGGUGGCCCAGCGGGACCACAUGCUCCGGGGAAUGCCGCUGAGCCUGUCCGAGAAACGCUGCCUGCGAGAGGAGAGCCGGCCCCCGAGGGGCAAGCGGAGGGCCUGGGGGCACCGUGGGCUCCUCUCCUGCUGCAGCCAGCUGCGCGACAGCUGUAUCCUGGCGUCGCACAACCUGGGGCUCGCACUGCUCUCGGGGCUGCAGGCCCUGAUGCCCUGGCACUACGCCCUGAAGCGGAUUGGGGGCCAGUUUGGCUCCAGCGUUCUCUCCUACUUCCUCUUCCUCAAGACCCUGCUGGCCUUCAACACCCUGCUGCUGCUGCCACUGCUGGCCUUUAUCGUGGGCGUGCAGGCCGCCUUCCCGCCUGCGCCCUCGGGCUCUGUGCCCGCCUUCAGGGGCCUGGAGCUUCUCACGGGUGGGGGCCGCUUCACCCACACCGUCAUGUACUACGGCUACUAUAGUAACGCGACGCUGAACCAGCCGUGUGCCUCCCCACGGGAUGGUGGCCAGUGCACUCCUGAGGCGGGCGGCCUGCCCUACAACAUGCCCCUGGCUUACCUCUUCACCGUGGGGGUAGCUUUCUUUAUCACCUGCAUCACUCUGGUGUACAGCAUGUCCCACUCUUUUGGGGAGAGCUACCGGGUGGGCAGCACUUCGGGGGUCCAUGCCAUCACUGUUUUCUGUUCCUGGGACUACAAAGUGACUCAGAAAUGGGCCACCCGCCUCCAGCACGACAAUAUCCGAACCCAGCUGAAGGAGCUGCUGGCUGAGGGGCAGCUGCGGCAGCGCCCCCGGAGGGCGUGCGGACGGCUGCGGCAGGCGGCCGUGCUGGGGCUCGUGUGGCUGCUGUGUUUGGGGACCACGCUGGCGUGCGCCCUGGCCGUCUACAGCUUCUCAGAGCUCGUGCUCCAGCAGAGCCGCGUGUCUGCUGAGCGGGACGGGGUGCUGCUGGCCCUGCCCCUGGUGGUCUGCCUUCUCAACCUGGGGGCCCCCUACCUGUUCCGUGUCCUGGCCACCCUGGAGCGGCACGACUCCCCGGUGCUAGAGGUGUACGUGGCCAUCUGCAGGAACCUCAUCCUCAAGAUGGUCAUCCUGGGGAUUCUUUGCUACCACUGGCUGGGCCGCAGGGUGGGCACCCUGAAGGACCAGUGCUGGGAGGACUUUGUGGGCCAGGAGCUGUACCGGCUCAUGGUGAUGGACUUCAUCUUCACGCUGCUGGACACGCUUCUGGGGGAGCUGGUGUGGAGGCUCAUCUCUGAGAAGAGGUCUCAGAGGAAGGGGAAGCCUGAGUUCGACAUUGCGGGGAAUGUUCUGGAGCUGAUUUACGGGCAGACCCUGACCUGGCUGGGGGUCCUCUUCUCCCCGCUCCUCCCCGCCAUGCAGAUCAUCAAGCUGCUGUUCCUCUUCUACGUCAAGAAGACUAGCCUGAUGGCCAACUGCCAGGCACCCCGCAGGCCCUGGAAGGCCUCCCACAUGAGCACCGUCUUCAUCUCGCUGCUCUGCUUCCCCUCCUUUCUGGGCGCUGCCAUCUUCCUCUGCUACGCCAUCUGGCAGGUGAAGCCCUCGAGCAUCUGCGGCCCCUUCCGGACCCUGGACACCAUGUAUGAGGCGGGCAAGGUGUGGGUGCGCCACCUGGAGGAGGCGGGCCCCAGGGUCUCCUGGCUGUCCUGGAUCCACCGGUACCUGGUGGAAAGUGCCUUCCCCAUCUACUUGGCGUCGGCCCUGCUGCUGGCCGUGAUCUACCUCAACAUCCAGGUGGUGAAGGGCCAGCGGAAGGUCAUCUGCCUCCUCAAGGAGCAGCUAAGCAACGAGGGGGAAGACAAGAUCUUCUUAAUCAACAAGCUUCAGCGUAUCUACGAGAGGAAGGAGAGGAGCAGGGUUGGUAGAACCGAGGAGGCCGUGACGCCCCCGGCCGUAUUCACAGACGACUGGGAUGCCCAGUAGGACAGUGCUGGGCCCGGCAGCCCAGGAACCCCGUCACCCUCGGUUCCCAUGGACCUGCAGGCACAGAUGCUGCCUGGAGAUGGCCCCGCUGGGACACGGGGAAGGUGAUGGGAGUCUGCAGCCCGUCCGAGGCUGGAGCACCCCCAGUGGACCCUGCUCAGGACUCUAUUUAUCCUGAUUAAACACGUUGUGCAAAAUGGGCUUGUCUCGUGGGAGUCUGUGCUGAUGCUCAGGCCUGCCCAGGUGCACGUAGGUACAGCCCGUGGACGACCUCCAGGCUGAGGUCGUGGGAACUUCGGCCUCGUGCAUGUGCCGCCCCUUCAGUUUCUCCCUCUGGUUCUUCAAGGCUGCUCUCCUUGCCAGGCCAGGGCCCUGCGGCCUACCAGCCGCUCCGAGGGGCCUCCCCUGGUGCUGGGCUCCUCAUGAAGCAGACUCUGUGCGGCUUCCGUGUUGAGCGCAGGGCGCCCUCUUCUGGCCCAGCCCCCGAUGGCAGGGAUGGACCACGCUGCAGCUUCAGGCGCUGCCCUGCCAGCCUAUGCCAUGCGGGACAAGUACGGGGUGUGUGGAGGGUGA